UCAUCGUUAUCCUUCCCAUUAUCACCUAUGUGCGUACAUAUCACCGUGAUGAUGGACUCCAACAACACUGGGUCCUGGGUUUAUAUCAAUACUUCAUUCCCCAUCCUGCCUGUAAUAUCCAGUUCCACUAAUAGAAGUGGAACGGAAGCAUAUUUUCAGAGAAUGGCUCAUUUGAAUGAAGGACUCUAUAACGACUGUUACGGCCUCUGGAUUGCACUGAUGGUCAUAAACUCUCUCAUAUUCCUGGUGGGCAUGGUGCUCAACACCGUCGCACUUUACGUUUUCUGUUUCCGCACCAAGCAGAAGACCACCUCAGUCAUCUACACCAUCAACCUGGCAGUGACGGACCUCUUGGUGAAUCUCUCGCUGCCGACUCGCAUCCUGCUCUACUACAGGGGAGGAGCUUGUCUCACCUGCUUCUACCUGCACAUUUUCAGCUACUUUGUCAACAUGUACUGCAGCAUUUUGUUUCUGACCUGCAUCUGUGUCGACCGCUACCUUGCUAUUGUGCAGGUUGAAGCUUCCCGUCGUUGGAGGAACUGCAGUGUGGCCAAAUGUGUGUGUGUCUCGGUCUGGCUGUUUGCCAUUGUGGUCACCUAUUCCUUCCUCUCCACUGCUUUCCAGCACACGGGCUGCUGCGGGUCAAAGCUUCUCUUCCUCACCAUCACCGAGUUUUUCCUGCCACUCAUUGUCAUUGUGUUCUUUACCUUGAGGGUAAUGUGGGCCUUGGCUGACCGCAGUCUGAUGCAGCAGAGCAGGGAAAGGAGAAGAAGGGCUGUCCAGCUGCUGACCACAGUGCUGAUCAUCUUCACUGUGUGUUUCACACCCUUCCACAUCAGACAGGUGGUGGUGUACUUCCACCCAGAGAUGCCUCAUCACGCUAUUGUGUACCACUUAACCGUCACUCUCAGCAGUUUGAAUAGCUGCAUGGAUCCUGUCGUCUACUGCUUUGUUACAAAUAACUUCCAGGCCACUAUGAGGCAUCUUUUCCAUCGUGCAGACCCUGAACAUACUAGCGGUGACAUCGUCAGCAUGCAGCACAGCUCCAAGGCCUCUGGAGCGACGGCUAAUGCCAUCACUAAUAAUGUGAUCAUGAUGACCAAGUUUCCCACUCCAUUACAGAGGGACACACUGGGGAAGAACCACACGAUGUAA